AAUUAAUGUAAACACAUGUUAUCAAACUUUUCAGACAUAUCUAUUCUAUUGAUUAAAAUCGGUUACUUAGAAUAAAAUAGAUGGAAACAUGUAAAAUUUUGUUGUUUUUAAGACAACCUAUCAACAUGGCCAUGUUACUAUUUUUAGAACUUUGGUAAAGCGUAGAUUAUUCAGGGUUUGCAAGUACUCGUCCAUGGGCCUAUGAGGCUUUGUCGGUACUACUUACAGGCAACUAACAACGCUUAUCACACAUCUAUAUUCACUUGAAAGGUUUCCACUACGAUUUGAGGGAUUCCAUGGACUCGUGUGGCGAACGUGAAAGGCCAUGUUUGAAGGAAAGCAUAUCCACUUCUCACAAACAGACCAGAAACCAUUGUGUUCAUUCAGUGGAAAAAUAUGUAACCAGCGUCGAUUAAAUAACUAUGGCUUCUGUGUGCGGCAUAUCCUUGAAGACUCGUCGGCACCCUUCAAAAGAUGUGCAUAUGUUGCUAAAUCUAGCAGACAGACAUGUACUCAGCCCAUACCCAAGACUGAAGAAAGGCUUUACUGCAACAACCAUAUGCAGGUUCUGGGGAUGUUGCCGAAGAAAGAAAGAAAGCCAAAGUUAUCCAAGUCUUCUCAAAUUGCAUGCGGCCAUGUAGGUGCUAUGUCAGACCCUGGUCUGUUGCAGAACAAAUUGAAACUGAGUCAUAAUUCAGAAGAUAUGGUCUUGAAAAGCAGUAUGGUAGGGCAUAGAAUUACAGCUGGGAAUGAAGACAUAGAUGAUAUAUAUGCUUUUCCAGCGGAUAGUGACAAAAGUACAAGAGAGUUUACUGCCCUGUUGAACAACCAAAGUGUUUCCAUUGUGGGCCCUGGAAAUGUUAGUUAUGGUGCUUCUGUGAAAUCAAACAAUGACAGCAGUUCAGGGACAUCUUCCCUUGCGAAAAUAUACCCAGAGCUUGCAGAAAAACUGGAAAAAAUUAAACCAAAAAUUGAUACAAAAGUUAAAGCGAAGGGGAAGAUUUCACGAACAAUGAACAGUUUACAGACCAAAAUAGCACAAAACAAAAUCAAGGAUAAACUGAAAAGAACUCAAAGUUCGUCCAAUACUUCGUCCCAAUCUCAGUCACCUAGUCAUAGUUUCCUGUCCAGUUCUCCUGGGUAUCAUGUAAAUACAAGCUCUCCAAAUCAUGUGGUACAGCAUCUUUCCACAAAUAAUGAGAGACUUCUAACAAUAGAGAGCCCUGUGUCACAUGAUGGCAGGAAUUCAUCACAGUUGUUGCAAAGUACCAAAAAUCAAAUAAGUUCAUCUUCAGCAUUACCAAGUCUUUCAAACUUUAAUAUAUUAAAUGGAUUGAAUCUUCAGUCAUUGAAUCUGAGUUUAGAACAGCUAGGUUUGCCAGUGCCAUCAGUAAGUGAUAUUGAACAAACAUUAAAACAGUUGGCCAAAGCUGCCAACAUUUCAUUGGAGGGAACAACUCAAACAGAUGAAAAAGCUUCACAGCCAUUUAAGCAAACUGUUGGUACUGAAUUUAUACAGCCAAUAGUUCCUCCAGCAUCUUUACCAAACUUCCCUCACUUGUCUGGACCUCCACCUCCAUAUUCUGGUGUACAUCAUAAACCUUCCCCGAUUGUGAUGCACACCGCAUCAGCAACAUUGACCAACAGCCCAGUAAAAGCUGACCCAGCAAUAGGAGUUCAAGCGGUCCCAACUGCCAGUGGAAACUUCUCCACAGUUCCUGUUCCCCUUGUGACUAGACAGCUCUUUUCAUCUGUUCCGCAAGCUGUUAGCAUGUCAGUGCCACUACCCAGUGUUACCUCAUCAGCAUUAUCUUCUUUGCCCACUUUGUCGUCUUUGACAUCUGCAUUUUCAUUUGCAUCAACAAUGCAUCCAAAAUUGACCCUUUUGACAACUUCUCAGCCAUCAAGUACUGUGAUUGCAAAUAGUAACCAAGUGGUGACAAAAUCUUGCGAUACCGUGAAGCCUACAUUACAAAGUCUUCCUACAUCGCCAGCAAAGCCGAGACCUGUGAAAGCUAAAACUAAAUCUCGAAAUUCUUCAGCAGUACCAGCAGUAAAACGGUCAGUGCCAAUGUUUACAAUGUCAAUGACUAUGGUAAAGCCACGAAAACUGAGAAAAGUGUUAGAUGAACAUGACAAGAAAAUGAUGAAGAAAAAUGCUAGAGAUCUCUAUGAGAGAAAUAUCAAAAGAAGCAUUGAUCAUCAUCACAUGAUCUAUUCAGGAGUUGUGAGCUCUGAUGACAGUGAUGUUUCCGACUGUGAUAUGUUACCAUGGCAAUUUGACUGGUUGACACCUUCAUCAGAUGAAGAACCAGUUGAUGAUGAGGAUAAUGAUUAUACAUUAAGAACUGCGAAGUUGGCUAUAGGACGUGCUAGACGUCGACGUCAGUGUUUCCAAGCGCGUCACUCAAUGCGACAGGAUUCACAUGAAGACGAUGUCCUGUGUCUGGUAAAGGCUGCCAGGGAGUCUGUACGGUCAUCAGUACUCUGCCUGAAAGAGAUAGCUGGCAAACGCAAGAAAUCUGUAGAGCGGCACACUAGAACUUCCCUGCAGAAACGAAGAUGCUUAUACAGGGACAGUGAUGACAUUCAAUGCAAGAAUGUGGUGGUUCCAUACACAAACCACUGUAACAGACAUGUGAUGUAUAAUGUGGACCAACAGCUGUUUGAGUACUGUACGGCCAAGUUUGCUGACAAUACUCAAUGCUGUCGACCUGUCAUUGAUGUCAAACACGAACUACCUCUCUGUAUUGAACAUGGGCGGAAAGCUGACAAUUUCUUGAAGUCUCAGGACCUCGAGCCAAAGCCAAAGAAGCCACGAAAGAAGACGAAGCCCUCGGCUCUCACUCGCCCCCCAAAGAAAGGCAAGAAGAAGAAGAAUCAGAGGAAGGUCCCUCAAGAGCAGGAGGUUGUUCAACUCAGUGAGGAUGCUGCUGAUACUGAUGUGCUAGAGAGCUCAGAAGAGAACAUGCCUCAACUUGAGAACGAUGCUAGACCACAGUCCAACUACAGGCACAAACAAGAGCGCCCACCAUUACCACAGGCCACCACCAUAGCAGCAACAAUGGCUCAAACUCGGUCAUCAGUGGUGGUCAAUACAACAGCCAGCUUUGUAGGCCUGGAUUCCACAGCCUCUCACAUGGUCUCAGACUCAUUGAAGAAGGUGAAGGUUCCUGACAUGGCUGCGGCUCUAGCUGGUCAAGGGGUCAGUCAGGAAGUCAAGACUGGUCAGCUGAAGACUCAUGCGGCUGCAUUUGGUCAGCUUGAGGAGCUGGACCAGCUGGCAGGGUUAGAACUGGAGAAUGUUCGGAUGUUUGGAGAGUUGGACACGGCUUCAAAGCUUUUGGAAAUGAAUGAUUUCCAGGAUGUGUUCAAUAAACUGCCUGAUGAAGCCUUUGACAUAUUUUCCAGCAAAGCUGGUAGUCUAACCAGCACAGAUGAUCUGCAGGCCUUUGAAGACUCACUAGCCCUGGCCAACAGAGAGAUGAAUGCAGGCAAAGACUCACAUGGGCUUCUGCCCCCAUCCAGCACUCAUCUGCAGACAACCCGUACGGGCGGUCGGAGGGCUCCCACAGCGGCCAUAUUGGAGGACGACCUCACACGACAGAUAGCAGAGGAAGUGCUCCAGCAGAAUCUUGGUCCAGACAUUGGCUCCCAUCUUGGGGAUUCCAUGUGCAACGGUGAUGCAGAGGAGAGCAUAAAGGCAAUCGCUCGCAGUCUUUCAAACACUGGCAUGAUGUUAGCUGCAGAAGCCAAGCAGAAGUCGCAGGAUCAUGACUUGUUUGGGGCACAUUCGUACGGCGUGAACCAGUACGGGCGAUCCAGUUCCUUGCCGUCCUAUAACACCUUGGAGUAUUUUCCUCCGAAUGUUUCUGUUCAGAAUAUUCCCAUGUCCUCCUCUAAUGUGAGUAUAGGCAAUGCCAGUGUGACUUUGGGUGUGGAUGUUUCCAAGGUUACUGUACCUCAGGUGUUCCCGGGUCACACGCAGGUCAGUGUUAUACCUCAGAAUGUCACUGUGACUCCUCAAGGCAUAAUCACAACACAUAUUCCCAAUGUGUCAGAUAUUAACAUGGCCAACAGAAAACCGGGCCUGACCCCAUUUUCACAGACAGUGACAAUUGGAAAUGCAACAGUGACUGGGAACCAGUCAUCAGGAACAAUCACCCUUCCUGGUUCCCAGCAAUUGACUGCUCAGCAGUUAUCAGCCCUGGUUCAGCAGGCUGCAGCACAUUUACCUCCCUUGCCACCGUAUAAACCUCGCCAACAAACCCUGACCAACAGCAACAUGGCAACACAACAGCAACUCACUCAGAUAGCAAUACGACCAGUAAUGGUUUCCUCCUCAGCAGCUUCUAUAGUGAUCCCAGUAGGAGAGAUGAAGACUGUUCCCAUAGCUUUCACUGCAGUUUCGAGUGCUGGGCAAGCCGUUCCAAACAAACAUUCAGGCCAGGAAAAUCUGAUUCAGCAUUUAACACGACAGCAGGAGCAACUGGGGCAGCAGCAGCAGCUACUUGCGCAACAGAUUCUACAGCAAAGAAUCGCAGCUCUGAAUUGUGGACCGUUACGCGUUACCCUUCCCUCGGCUCAGAAUCUGGGUUUCUCCACUAUCCUUCAGCAGGGUCAGAUUGGUCAGCUGGGGACUAUGAGUGCCAGUCUGGUGCAGGCUGUGCCCAUAUCUGGCCAAGUAACGAGACAUAGCAGCAACUCUACCUCUCAAUCAGGCAGCAGCCAGUCUGGCAUACCCUCCACAAACAUCUUGUGGACAUCGCCUCCCAAUGUAACCAUAACCACUCAGAACGGGGUCCCGAGACCGGCGCCACAGCAGAAAAAUACCAAUUCUACGAAUUUGAAGAUCGCUACAUUGUUGCCAAGUAGUGGGUCCUCUCUAAAGGAGACAUUUAUAGAUCUGACGGAUUCGGAUCCACCGUCCUAUGAGGCAACUCAGGUUGUUAUGGGUAAAACGCAGCCACCACCUAGCUACCCUGUUCCAUCACCAGCAGUUACCUCGGAUACUGCUAUGUCCUGACAUGAAUUUAAAUGACAGGUAGUUUUUUUAUUGUAAAGAAAAUAACAAAAAUUGUAAAGAAAAUAACAAAAUUGUAUGUGCUAAACUCUGUUCAAUGCAUCACUACUUAUGUCAGAUUGUGCAAUAUAGACAGUAGCUUGAAACAAAUAUCAAUGUAUAAUUAAACUUGUGGAUUCUCAUUGCAUAUUGGAGGGUUGUAAUAAGGAUUUUUUUUCAAUUUAUUAUAUUGGUUUUCUAAUCUGAGGUCUGAUGUAUUGUCAAGUGCUGUAUUUAUUUUAUCCAUACAUUAUUCAAUGUGUGCUUUAAAAGAUAGAUUCCAUAUCCCACACUAAAAUGCAGCUUCUAGUGGCAUCAUGGAUUUUACACUGGAAACAAAAAGCUCAAAAUCAUACAUUUACAUUUGACUAUAGUAAUUGUAUUUCAUCAAGGCAUGGAUUUGUGUAAUGUUCCACACUAACAAAUCUCCCACAGUGUAGUUAAGGAAGGGAGGUAUUAUGAAGUCAUCACAAGACAUCUGUCCUUAUGUAGACUCCAGCUUGUCUAACAGUGUACUCCUACACCUUUGAAUCUUGAACUUUCAAACUUCCAUUCAUUAGUCCUUAUUAUAUUAAGUGAACUUAUAUUAAGUUAUUUACAUAUUACCUUACCACAUGCUGUGGCUGGAUAAUUCAUCAUCAUAACUGUGACAAGUUCUACUUCAGACUAAUUUCAUUUCAAAGAUUGAUGUAAAAGGAAAUACUAUAAGAAUGCUUUUUUGUUCUGAAUGGAAACGCAUGAAUCAUUAUUUAGGUAUGAUAAUGAACAAAUUUACUUAUUUUAUUAGGUAUUUAACAAAUUUCUAGUACAUGAAUGAUUUAUUGGUUCAUACUUUUGCCGGACAAAAGAUAAUGUGUGUAUGUAAGGAUUUAUCAAUUGUAUGGUGACGUCUGUAAUGGUUAAUGCAUGAUAACUGUCCAUUCUAUGUACACAUUGUAACAGUUUUCAGAUUAGAUAUUGCAUUUAAGGUUUGUUAUAGUUCAGUGUUACAUUAUGCAGCUUUAACCCAUGUAUGCCUAGCGUCUAGGAAAAAGGCCAUAGUAAACAGCGAAGACCCUGAUGAGACGCCGCAUGAUGAAGCGUCUCAUCAGGGUUUGCGCUGUUUGCUUUAAAGGGAUUUCUGUAAGAAUUAUUCUAAAUAUAGAAAUAAAAAUACUAGACAUCCCUAAUUUUGGAAAUAAAUUGAUCCAAUUUUGAAGGAUGGGAGAGUCCACUAGGCAUAACUGGGUUAAAUGAACUCGCCAUAAUUGAGCAGCAGCAUGUGAAAAUGGUUAUUUUGCCUUGUGCAUAAAGCGUAGCUCCAGACCAACCUGCUCCUUUACGUUGUAUUUAUCUGGAGCUACUCUUGGAUAUCCCCAAUAUCCAUUUUUACACAACAUGGGCCAAUUACUGGUAUUGCAAUGUUGUUAUGAAGAGAAUGAGUGAGACCAUUGUUAGGUGCUAUAUUAAAUUGUUAUUGUGAAUUUGUAAACUUUGUUUUUGCAAUCAUGUAAGGUAAUUUUUUAAUGAGCAAAUAAAAGUUAAAUAUGGUUUAAGAAUCAUGGCAACAAGAGUAAACAUGUUUUAAGGUCUCUUAUUUUCGUUUUAGGUAUAUACUUUUAUGUAUUUGAUAUGCUGUUUGAAUCUUUAAUGACUGUUUGCUUGUAUGACAUGAACUAAAAUAUUGUAUACAUUUUAGCAUUAUUAUUUUGUGUAAAAGAGCCUCAGUUUAUAUCUAAACAGUACCGGUAUAGUGUUGCCCAAAGUUAUAGACAAGUAACAAUACAUCCACGGGACAAGGAAACAAUCAUGUGGAGAAGUUAAAGUUUAAAAUUUAUUUACAAUGUUGUAUUUUUUUGCAAAAUAGUUAUAACAAAAUCUGAAUACAUGACUGCAUAUAUCUUUUUGUUGUGACUGGUAAGAGGUAAUUGCUGCAACUCUUUAAAAAUAACUGCAAUAAGCGAUUAACAUAACUGCAUAUUUUUUCUGUAUCAUACGAAGGCAAAAGUUAAGGCAGACAUCAUCAGCACAUGUCAAUUGUUUUUCUUCCAUGAUGUCAGGGUCGGCCAAAACGGGCGAAUCUUGGGCAAAAAUUUGCAGAAAGUAAGCUUAUUUCACUUUGUCUUUAAGAGCUAGGAGAAAUUAUGUUCGCCCUUAUUUUCAAGACAAACUUUACCUGUAAAGCAACCUCCAUAUUCUAGUAAACACAAUUUAUUGUUUUCACACCAAUUUUAAAUGUAAUUAAUCCAAGGCUGUAAAAUCUCCUUUUUUAAAUAGUCACAUUUUUAAGUGUUUUAACAGUUUCCAGAUUUUUGCUGAAUAGGUUCUAUUGAUGUCCUUCCGCAAUACUUUUGGUAUUGUAGAAGACUUGUAUAUUAAACUGGAUUGUUGUUUCAACUGGAAAUAUUAUUAAAAGGUUACUAUAAUGUUUUGCUUUGAACAAAAAUAAUUAUAUAUUAAAUAACCAAAAUAUAUCCCCCUACACCCCCCCCCCCAUUUUUGUUUAGAAAACUUAAAUAAUAAAAUGAAGAUAAAAUAUGUUAAUAUGUAUGUUUGUUUACUUGGUAGGUUGGGUGUUGAAGUAAAUAUAUGAAGAACUUUAAAGCACACUAGAAUGCUUUAAUGAGUGAUUAUGUUGCUGUUUUUUUACUAGAUUUUUAAUUCAACUAAUAAGAUAAUUUUGUAAGCAGGUUUCACAAUUUACCUGUUCUAUUCAGUGAUUUCAAAUGGUAAAAUAAUGCAAUUUAUUACAAGAGAUAUGAGAUAAAACAAAAAAAUAUAAGUUUUCUAAAUUUCUAAAAUGUCAGUCCAGAGAGAGAUAGAGAGAGAGAGGGGUGACAUCUCACUAAAAUUUGACCAUAGGCCGACCCCUGAUGAUGUAUAAUGAAGUCUUACUCUUUACUGUUAUAUUUAUAUAAUUGACAUGUAUGGAUGUUUUUUGCCAACUGUUGUAUAGAUCUGUUCAAUAAACUGAUUUUGUAUUAUAUGUGCAUAGAUAUAACUGUUAAAAUUAGGUAUAAUAUUAACAAUAUAGAAUUUAUUACAGGUGACAUAAAAAUAGUUAAUUGUAAAGAAUUGAACAAAUAUGAUUAUUUUGAUGUACAUAUUGUUUCUUUUUAAUUUAUUGUUAAUUUUAAAAAGCAGCCUUUUUUCAAAAUAAAAUUGAUGGUAAAAUAUAAUUCUUUUCAGGAAAAAUAUUUUAUCUAAGUUUAUAUCUUCAUUAAUGAUGUGGCCGGAUGUCUUAGCAACUGAUCAUAAUUAUGUCUGUAUUGCAAAAAAACUGGAAUGCGUCUCUCACACAAUUAAUUAAUACUUAAUAUAAGAUUGUGACAAUAAUAACAUGGACAUUUUAACCACAGCAAAAACAGCUUAAAUGUGCCAAUGCACGUUGUUUAUUAGUCCCCUACCGGUUUCACCGGAGGGGACUUAUGGUUUUCGCUCCGUCUGUCAGUCAGUCAGUCAGUUUGUCUGUCACACUUUUCUGGAUCCUGCGAUAACAAAUAGACUCGAAAUACUGCUGAAAUGGUGAUUUUCUGGAUCUUAAUAUUUUUUCAUGAAACUUGAAACAUGGAUAGAUGGCAAUAUGGACACUAUGCACAUCAUUUCAUUUUGUUCCUACAUCAAAAAUUCUGGUUGCUAUGGCAACAAAUAUAAAAAAAUCUGACAAUGGUGGAGCUGGUAGGGGACAUGUAUUGCUUGGCAAUAGUCUAGUUAAUCUUCGUUGUUUUUUAAGUCUUAAUUGUUUUCUACGGAAACUGAGAAAAAGUACAAAGGAUAUACAUGUACAUCAGGAAGUGAACUUCUGUGGCAAAAUGUUAGUUAAUAACCCUGAGUUCUCUGUUAUGUUGUAUGCUGAACAAUCAAAUUUUAUAUUUUUAAUGAUGGGGUUACAUGAAGACAUUUGCUAUAGUAAGUUGUUCAUCUAUAGAAUGCAUUGAUGAAUUAUCAUAAUGAAUGUAAUAAUAAUGAUCCUAUGUGUGGGCUAAAUACCCGGUACACAACAUUAUUGCUUCAGUAUUUACAUGUAUCGUCAUACUUGUGGAUCGUAUUUCAUGUUCAUCUGGCUAUCACAUUUACCACAUGUGUAUCAUGUACUAGUGUCUGUGAUAUACAACAAAGUUGGGUCAAGAUGAUGUGAUAUAUCUAUGAACUUAGUAGAGCAGCGAACAGCUAUAGCUGCAGCCCUCAUAGGUGUAAAUAUAAAAUACCAUACUGAAAUUGAAUCUCAAUUUCUAUCAUCAACUUUUAAAUCUUGUAUUUCUACACUGAACCAAUUUAACCCGGUCAUGAAAAAUGGGUAUUCUGCUAUAUGCAGCUAGCGUCUGGUUAGGAGCUUCUCUGUCCUGUAGUGCGUAAAAAUAGAACGAUCCCAUAAUAACGAUUCUGAUGAAAUUGAAAAGAAGCAAGGCCUUUUUCAAAUCUUUGCUGUAUUGUUAAUGUUAUCUAGUGUAGAUCACAUUGAAUAUGUUCAUGAUCAAGUCUCGACUUUUUUGUUGUUGGUAUCUUGUUAGUUGUUGAAAAUAAUGAUUUUUAUAAAGCCCAAAAUCUUGUCAAUUGUUUUAGUACCUGUGUAACCAUAUGAAUAUUAUUAGUUACAUUUCAAGAACAAGGGGAAAAAUCAAUAAGUUUCCUUUAAAUGAGUAUCACCGUUUGACCAGUCAUGAUAAAAUGGCCACAUGCAGACAGCCAAACUCCAGCAAAGCUUGCGCAACAGCGCAGUGUGGUUAGCACAUUAUUGGACUGUUAAGCUCCGCAGAGGCUGGACUCGAGCUUCACUGGCAUAUGGCAGAAAAGCUAUUUUCACGCAAUGAAGGUCAUUACUAUAAUACGGUAGUUUACAUGUUUUACGCUUGCUUUAGAUAAACACUUUCAGGUGUUUAUGUUGAUAAAAAAAGGCUGUGUAUAUUAAAAAGUACAAUUGCACGAACAAAUAAUGUUUUGAAAUGCUAUUAUUUGAAAUUAUGGAACGGUUAUAUUUCCUUUAUUCAUGUUUUCAUUGUAGUUGUUGCUGUACUUUUUGUAGUGUUAUCAUUUUAAUUUGUUGUUUGUUGAAAUUUGAUGUAAAAUGUUAGAUAUUUUAUAGUUCAUAGACAGUUUUAUAUUGUAUUCGGUUGUCAAGUAAUAGAAUCUAUUUUACUAAUCCAGUCAUAUAAUGACUAAAUCAUGGAUACAUUUUAAUUUCAAAUUUGAAAAAUGAACUAAUAUUAUGUAGUGUUUUGAUUAAGUAAUAUUUGUGGUAAAAAUGCAGCAUGUUUUGUGCAAUAUGCAUUAUAUAUAAUGUCAAUAAAAAAUUAAACAUAA